UUCUUGAGUUCGUGUUUCCAGAGGGCCGAUUUUUGCUGCUGAACGUACAGCAGCAGGAUUUCGUGUUUUAGAAAGCGGAGGUGUGUCAGUCAAUAUCUAAAUCGAUUUCCCCCGUGAUAAAAUACGAACGUGGAAGUGGAAGUGAAAGCCUCGCAGGGCACUGAGAUUGUUAUAUUAUAUUAUAUUAUAUUAUUCCGAUAUGAAAUUACUAUUUAUGGCUUGCUUGAGUCCUAAAACCGGCAACUGUACAACAGCUGAAAGGAUCAGGGAGCACAUUGAAGCAGCAGGUCAUACCUGCGUUCUUCGAGAUACUGCUGACUUCAAAAACCCAGAGGAUGUGGCAGACCUUAUUGCAGAAGAGAAGUACGAGGGGGCACUCGCUAUUCACCUGUAUAAAUCAGGCAGGCUCCUACUGGACAGCUGCAUUCCGUUUGGGAUUGUGUUUGGAGGAACGGAUAUUAACGAAGAUGUGAAGGGUGAAACCAAACGACCAGUCAUGGGGCAGGUGUUGCAGAAAGCAAGGUUUGCUGUGGCAUUCUCGAACAGAUUGAAAGAAGAGGCAGAAGCCGUUUGGCCAUUCCAUGGGAGUAAAAUAUAUGUCCAGCCGCAAGGGAUUGAGACCAAAGCUGGCACAUGCUUCAAUUGGAGGAGCUUUCUGAGGUGUACAGGUAUAGAUAAUGAAAAUGUGGAAGACUUGCACGUUUUCGUUCUGGUGUGUGGAUUGAGAAAAGUAAAGGACCCUCUCUACUUGGUAAAUGUGUUUUCAGAAUGGCACGUGGAAGAUCCAUCUGUGUAUCUGAUUAUCAUCGGACCAGAGAUUGAUCCGUUGUUUACCAAGGAAGUGGAACUGAAUGUUAAAAGAGCGAGGGGGGUGUUCCUGGCACCGGAGAGGCCACAGGAGGAGCUGCACGCUGCCAUGAGGAGAUCAUUCGCCUUGGUGAACAGCUCCGUCUCUGAGGGCAUGUCAGCCGCAGUCCUGGAGGCAAUGCAUCUGGGAGUACCAGUACUGGCAAGAAACAUCCCAGGGAAUGCAGCCAUAGUAAUACAUGAAGAUACAGGACUGCUAUUCUCAAACCCUCAGGAGUUCAUUGAGCUCUCCAAGAGGCUGAUCAGGGAGCCCUCAUUACGGGAACGUAUUGUCUGCAAUGCCAGGGCCUAUGUGAGGGAGCAGCACAGCAGAGAGAAGGAGAGGGACACCUACCAGCAGCUUCUUCAGCACCUACACUGAGCUCAGCUCAACUCUGCUCCUUCAAAACCUGCAACGAACUCAGCUCCACAGCUCCUACAGCACAUACACUGAACAGCUCCACAGCUCCACAGCUCCUACAGCACCUACACAGCUCAGCUCCACAGCUCCUACACUGAACUCAACUCAACUCAGCUCAACUCAGUGUCAAUUGUAACAAGAUGCAUAUUCACAAGCUUUAACUCGAGUUAUUUAAAGACUUUUUAAAAAAAUAACUUGAGCUUUGUGAAUAGAACUGAGCUGUUAUAUAUAUAUUUGACACUGUGAUGAUUUUGAAUCCUUUUUUUAAUUGAUCAAGAGACGGAAGAAGUGCCUUUUUAUUACAUAGUUUUAAAACAGUAAUCAGUGGUUUGAUUGUCAAAAAAGCGGAGUAAUUGUAAACAUAAAGGUACAUAUCAGUUUGCAAAAUGAGGGCCAUGAAGGGGUACUUCUGUACUGUAUUUAUUAUAUUUAAAUUAUUAAACAAUUUUUCAGUUUUGACCAUUUUAUAUCAUGGUUUAAUUAUCCGCUGGGGUCUUUUAUUCUAUUAGAGUAAUAAUACAAAUGGUUUAAUACAUUUUUUAUGUGUUUACAAUUCUUGAAAUUUCUAUGGUUUUGAUGAAAAAUAAAAUAUUGAGGUGGAUUACCUGGUUCACUUUUUAUUACUAAUUGAUAUUCUGUACUGUGAAUAAAAAUGAUUGGAGUCAGAAAGGCAAGUGUCGAAGCAAUGAGAAAGCCUUUUGUCUUUGUUAAACUAAUCAGUGAGGAGGCUUUUGGCAUCUAUUUGUUUAUUUACUGUACUGCACUGUAUUAGAUGUAUUGCAGGGAUGGAAAUCAGACUCCCAUUGCAUAGCAAAUUGAUCCAUUCCUGGUUUUACCGUGAGUUUAAUAAGACACAUCUAAGCUUUUUAUUAUCUAUACACUGUGACUAAUCAAGCUUGUAGUAAAACCCGUACAGCUAUGAAAUGGGGAGUCUUAUUAACAUCUUUGUAUUGUUAUGUACAUGAUUUAUUUAAAACCUUAAAGCCAUCUCAAUCACUGCCAAUCUUGAAAAUUUAGCAAAUAAAUAAGCGAUAAAUGCCAUUAAAAAA